AUGCAAGGGGCGCCUAAACAGCCUAGUUUUGACAAGGGUCCUUCUGGUACUAUUCCGGAGCAAAUCCCAUUGUCAAACCAAACCAAAUCUCCUGCUGCUUCAGAGAUGUCUGAUUACGAUGAUCUCAUUGCGGGUCUUCAAGGAAAGAAUCCUUCUUCCAACAACAUCUUUGUACCCAAGUGGAAUCUUACUAAUCAAUCCCGCAUUUCCAGUCGGGAAGUUGCUAUGGAGUUCUCUUGCCAUGCCUUCCCUAAAGAAAGUAUAGUUGAGAUGGAGGCUUUCACAAAUGAUCAAACUAUUGAUUUCAUGGAGUUUCCUUCUGCCCAGAGUGCUUUUUUGCUUGCUGCUGGAGCUCGGUGCAUAUGA